CAGGAAUAAAUAUAUAAAAACUAAUUAACUACAAUGGAAACGGCAAAGUUUCUAAAUCUUAACAGAGGUGACAUAGCAGAUACCUCAGGGUUUACUCCAAUUAAACCUCGUUUGGGCAAGUUUUUCGAUGUUUACUCUCCAGAGCACCUUAAUUUGACACCAAAACCGAGACCUAACAAUAAUUUGUAUGAAUUAUCAAAUGAAAAACGCCUGCAACUUACACCUGAGCCAUGUUUUGAUAAAACUAAUAAGUGCAGGACAGUGAAAGCACAUAAAUUUCAAAAUGUCUGGGGGAACUGUUCAUUUGAAGGCAACCAGAGUUUUCCCCGACUGACUCGUAGAGUUAGACCAAUUAAAAUGGAACUGGAAACACCUUCUAAAACAAAACCACCUGCAGAUUUAGUUAGAGUGGACGGACCAAAUGGCCUUCGUUUUAACACUUCACUGGCAACAGGAGACAUACCGGGAUCUCCGGCUCAGUCCCAGUCUGACCGCUUGCAACAAACCAUCAACCCUAGCAAGGCUGUGUUCACUAUUGAGCCAAAUACAUCCAAGAUUUUAAUAGUCAACAACAAAGCAUGUUCACUGCUCGGUUAUUCUUCCGGUGAGCUCUGUGAUCUGAGGUUCUCAGAGAUCAUCCGCAAUAGGAACCGGAAACUGUUCAGCCUUAACGAACCUGAAGACUGUGAAGCUUCUGAAGAUGGUACUGUGGUGCUACUUAGUGGGAAGGUUGUGGAACUGAUAACCAAGGAGGGAGGAUUAGUUCAAGUGUCCCUCUGGAUCAGACAACUGGACUCAGAUGGACCAUGCUUGGUGGUGGCUGAACCUGUAAGCUGCAAGAAUGUUGUACUUACGGUGGAUGCUGAGAGUGGUCUAGUGAUAUCGUGCGAAGGGAGCGAUGCCGCUCUGCUCUUCCAAGCGGAGUCGGCUGACAAACUAGUGGGGCUACCUAUCGCGUCCCUCAUACCGUCGAUACAACUGCCGCCGUACGAUGCUGUUAUACCUAAGAACCUGUCGAAGCAGAAGGCCACAGGUAGAACAUUAGACGGUGGUUCAUUUCCUCUGUGCCUCUGGAUCUCCAAACCUACAAACGUGGAACACUCUCCGCGGGCUACCGUCAUAGCUAACAAAGAGAAGCCUAUAUACAUUGUCAAUGUCAGGGUUACCUUCAACGUAAGCGGCCUUCUAGUCGUCGACGAGAAUGGUAUAAUCACCGCUUGCAAUCAACACUUCGCCAUGUUGACUUUCGGCAAGCCGCAGUCGGAAGUCAUCGGACAUCACAUAGAAGAUGUCAUACAGAACUUCUGCAGAGAGGCCGACAGGGUCAAGAUGCAAGAGAACCGUCAUAUGACACUGUCGCCUGUGCACAAUGAUGAGAAUGAUUCAGCUUCAGAAACAGAUGAAGACUCGUGUGGUGCAUUCAACGGUAGCCAAAAGUCGGCGUGCAUGUCUCUCAACGUGCAGCAGUCCCUACUAUCUGCUACCAGAGAAAAAUCUUCCAGUGCACUUUGUCUCGAUAAAUCAUGUAGCCAGGUCACCCAUACACCUACUCCUACUCAGGACAUGGUCUCAAGUAUCAGUACAACAGAGCAGAGAAAUGAUACCUCUGCACUACCAGAUAUUACAUCUGGUAUGUCAGGAAUAUCCAUAGAUGAUGAAAACUACCCAAGCAGCAUAUCGAAAUCACGUUCGGAGAAUAUACUCAGAUCGGAGCAUAGCAAUCCAGUGAAGCAAGUGACAACAAAGGUGGAGAAAUCUGAUUCCAUAUACUACACGUCUCAACAUUCCCAAGAAGUGACUCCGACUGGUAGCUCAGCGAGAGUCAGACUAAACGAUCAGUCUCUUAGGCUAUCCUUUGAUUCUGGUAAAUACAAGUCGUUUAAAGGCAAAGAGGAUAGAAGUAGCUUAUCUCUAGAUUACUGUGACUCUAACGAGACAAGUGCAGAUUUCCUGACGCCAAUCAAUGAGAUGCCACCUCCUGGGUGCGAAAUCGAAGACCUGCCGCAUCAUAACGGCAACGAGAGUAUCGAGAGCCUCAGUAAUGAUAUCGACUUAGAGACGCAAACUGAGUCGGCGCCGAGAAGGAAAUAUGAUGAGGAGGCAGCGGCGCUGCGUGCGCGCACGCUUCUAAGUACGUCGACGCCGGCGCGCCGCGCGGACGACGUGCGUGUUCGUGACGGGACGUACCGCGGCGUCGUCGUGCAUAAUGACGGCACAGAGCUCAACGUGGUAUACACGGUGUCGAGCAUGCAGCUGGCGCGCGGGCGGUCCGUGCGGUGCGUGUGGCUCGGCGUGCGGCUCGAGGACGCGCCGCGACACGCCACGCUCGCCUCCAGCCUCGCCUCCACCGCCGACAACUCGCUGGUGCUGGGCAACAAAUCAACGAGCAGCAGGCCGCAAUCCAUGUCUCUGAUGAGCCAGUGCGGAGAGGAGCAGAUUUGCGGCGAGUACAACAAACAUUAUGUCACACUCAAACAAAUUGGUAAAGGGGCGUACGGGUGCGUGAAAAUGGCGUACCGUCGCUCCGACAGACUGCUCUGUGUCGCCAAAUUCGUGCUGAAGGAGAAAGUCGGCGCUCAUUUUUGGGUGGACGCGCCCGAUGGCAGGAGGUUGCCGCUCGAACUGUCGCUGCUUAUGACGCUUAGCCAUCCUAAUAUUGUGUCAGUGAUCGACGUGUUCGAGAAUGAGAAGUACUUUCAAAUGGUAAUGGAGAAGCACGGCGCCGGCAUGGACCUGUUCGAGUUCAUCGAGCGACGGCCCAGACUCGACGAGCCGCUGCUCAGCUAUAUUUUCCGACAGAUCGGCCAAGCCGUAGAAUACCUGCACUCCCUCAACAUCCUACACCGAGACAUCAAGGACGAGAAUGUGAUAAUAGACAACAAGUUUCACGUGAAGCUGAUCGACUUCGGCUCGGCGACUUUCAUGAGCAAAGACACGCUGUUCUCGACGUUCUACGGGACGACCGAGUACUGUAGUCCGGAAGUGUUGGCGGGGAACAAAUACGCUGGUCCUGAGCUGGAGAUGUGGUCAAUGGGCAUAACGCUAUAUGUAUUGACAUUCUUCGUCAACCCCUUCUCUGAUAUCGAAGACACCAUACAGGGGCCGCUGAGCCUGCCCCAAGUUGUUUCUGAAGACCUAGAGCAACUGCUACGUUGGAUGCUGUGCAAGGACCCGACGCAGCGCUGCACCGUGCCGCAACUCAUGCAGCACCCCUGGAUACGACAGCCAGUCGCCAUUGCCAACUACGCGUUUCAGGAUAUCGUUGACUGUGAUCGUCACGAGGCAAAUCCAGAGAUGUACUACAGCGGCAGCCUCUCGCCUCGUAGCGGAUCGCCCGUCUCAACAGCUGACCCGAUGGCCAAAGAACGUUGGAACGCGUCUGAAGCGGUGCGGUCUGACGGCAAGGCGGCGUCGCGGUCCGAGCUGCGUCGCGCCCCGCCCUCAGAUAACUGCAGUCUGCGCUCUUCUGCUGAUAUCUUAGAUAUCUCGUCCAAACCAGUCUCGGAGGCGGCGUUAACAGACAUAAGUUCGGACGCAACUGGCCAUGCCGCCUGUGACAUAGACUAUGACGCCGAGCCCUACGAUUGUGAUAGCUGGGACGAGUGCGAGCAGGACAGCUUUUCGUAACUACUUGCGAGUGCGAGCGAGAUACGAGUAGCAAAAUUACUAUUUACAAAAUACCUAUUAUUAUUAUUAACAACUAGGACGCUACCGUCCAUGUCGCAUGCGAUAUAAGUUAUCCGAUAUUAGUCCUGACUAAUAUCUGGAACGAGUGCGAGCAGGACAGCUUCUCGUAACUACUUGCGAGUGCGAGCGAGACAAGAUUAUCACUAUUUACAAGAUAGGUCUACUUUUGACAACUAGGACGCUAUCGUCGAAGUCGCAUGCGAUAUAAUUAUUAUUUUGUACCCUGUCUAAUAGCUGGGACGAGUGCGAGAUAGCUCGUUCUUCUAACAAGUGUACAGCAUAACUAUUUUAAAAAUAUCCAUCAUUAACAAAUGUUUCGCUACCUUCGAAGCCGUAUGCGAGGUAAAAUAUAGCUGCUAGAUGAGUGCAAGCAGGACAGCAUCUUUUAACUCAUUGAUAAUAAAAACUUUUCAUAACUACCCGCUUUACAAUUGAAAGUAUUGCGAGGCAGUAAUGAAGAAGAUCUAAAACUAGAUUCUUCUUCAAGUAAAUUGCUGUAAAGUGUAAACCAACAAAAAAACAACAUUCAACUGAAAGUAUAAAUAUAAAAAAGUUGUAAUAUUCAAGUAAUAUUGCGUUGCAACAAGGAUCUCAAUAAAUUUUUGGAGAUCUAAGAAAUAGAUUUACAAAUUCGUCGCGUUAGUUCCAAUGUGUAAAUGGAAUGAAAAUAUGAGAAUUCUUAUGAAAUUGUACUUGCCAAUUUAGAGUAAUAGAAUAAUUCUGUCUUAGAUAUUAUAGUUUGUAGAGAAGUCGAAUUUAGAUACAAUAGCUUUAUGGUACACAUGAUCUUUAGAAUUUGGCUUUCGCGUGAAUGACGUGAAAAGAAAAGUAAAGAAAAAAGUGUAAAUUGGAAAUAGUUUGUAACAAGUGUAGGGUACUGAGGAAUUCAAUGGCUGUUAAAAAAUACUUAAUAAUUACGCUUAGAGCCCAAAUGAGGCUAAUGCUCCUUGAGAAUUUCGUAACAUCACAUUUAAAAUCACUUAGGGCGUUCGCUGCGUUGAGCGUGUGCCCGGCGCGGCUGCCCGUCGCGACUCGCGGGCGCCUGCGCCGUGCGCUCGCCAUAGUAAUCGUGCGACGGCUGACCCGCUCAACGC